AUGCCCAUCUUACUCUUCCUGAUAGACACGUCCGCCUCCAUGAACCAGCGCACCCAUCUGGGCACCACCUAUCUGGACAUAGCCAAAGGCGCUGUAGAGACUUUCAUGAAGCUCCGCGCCCGGGACCCCGCCAGCAGAGGAGACAGGUACAUGCUGGUCACUUUCGAGGAGCCUCCCCACGCGAUCAAGGCUGGCUGGAAAGAAAACCAUGCAACCUUUAUGAAUGAAUUGAAAAACCUUCAAGCUGAAGGACUUACGACUCUUGGCCAGUCUCUAAGGACAGCUUUUGAUUUAUUAAACUUAAAUAGAUUAGUAACUGGCAUAGACAACUAUGGGCAGGGAAGAAACCCUUUUUUUCUGGAGCCAGCAAUAAUUAUAACAGUUACUGAUGGGAGUAAAUUAACUACCACGAGUGGGAUACAGGAUGAGCUCCAUUUACCUCUCAAUUCUCCUUUACCUGGAAGUGAAUUGACUAAGGAACCUUUUCGCUGGGAUCAGAGACUAUUUGCUUUAGUUCUGCGUUUGCCUGGCAUCACAACUCCAGAAUCAGAGCAGAUAGCAGGUGUGCCCGUUGAUGACUCAGCAAUCACACCUAUGUGUGAAGUCACAGGAGGUCGCUCGUAUUGUGUGUGUUCUCCAAGAAUGCUGAAUCAGUGUCUUGAGUCACUGGUUCAAAAAGUGCAAAGUGGAGUAGUAAUAAACUUUGAAAAAUCUGGACCAGAUCCUUCACCAACUGAAGAUGGACAGAUGGAUAUAGCUAGGUCUUUUGGACCCCACCCUUGGCACAGCUGUCACAAACUUAUCUAUGUCAGACCAAACCCUAAAACUGGAGUUCCCAUAGGCCACUGGCCUGUUCCAGAAUCCUUUUGGCCAGAUCAAAAUUCUCCAACAUUGCCACCUCGCACAUCUCACCCUGUAGUGAAGUUCUCCUGCACUGACUGUGAACCAAUGGUCAUUGACAAACUACCUUUUGAUAAAUAUGAGUUAGAACCUUCACCGCUGACCCAGUUUAUUCUGGAAAGGAAAUCUCCUCAGACCUGCUGGCAGGUGUAUGUGAGCAAUAGUGCAAAAUAUAGUGAACUUGGCCAUCCUUUUGGUUACUUGAAAGCCAGUACAGCACUGAAUUGUGUGAACCUGUUUGUGAUGCCUUACAAUUAUCCAGUCCUCCUUCCCCUCUUAGAUGACUUAUUCAAAGUACACAAGGCAAAGCCAACCUUAAAAUGGCGGCAGUCAUUUGAAAGCUAUUUGAAGACAAUGCCUCCUUACUAUCUAGGGCCUUUGAAGAAAGCUGUGAGAAUGAUGGGAGCGCCUAACCUUAUAGCAGAUGGUGUGGAAUAUGGACUUAGUUACAGUGUCAUUGCAUACCUCAAAAAGUUGAGUCAACAGGCCAAAAUAGAGUCCGAUAGAGUCAUUGGCUCUGUAGGCAAAAAGGUAGCGCAAGAGACUGGAAUUAAGGUCAGAAGCAGAUCACACAACCUGUCUAUGGCACAUAGGAACGAUUUUCAACAACUGCUACAGGGGAUUACUGGGGAAAUUCCUCAUAGACUUCUAGACCUCAAUAUGAAGGAGUAUGCUGGGUUCCAAAUAGCUUUGCUGAAUAAGGAAUUGAAACCUCAGACCUUUAGAAAUGCUUAUGAUAUACCCAGAAGGAAUCUUUUGGAUCACUUAACAAGAAUGAGGUCUAAUCUUAUGAAGAUAACUCGCAAGUUUCUCAAAGGACAAGAUGAAGAUCAAGUUCACAGUGUACCAAUAGCACAAAUGGGAAAUUAUCAGGAGUACCUAAAACAGAUACCAUCUCCUCUUCGAGAGCUUGACCCUGAUCAACCCCGAAGGCUACAUACAUUUGGUAAUCCAUUUAAAUUGGACAAGAAGGGAAUGAUGAUAGAUGAGGCAGAUGAAUUUGUAUCAGGGCCUCAAAAUAAACACAAACGACCCGGAGAACCAAAUAUGCAAGGGAUUCCUAAAAGACGUCGGUGUAUGUCACCCCUUCUCAGAGGCCGGCCACAGACUCCUCCUGUCAUGAACAAUCACAUUGGAGGAAAAGGGCCACCUACACCUGUAACACAAGCACAGCCAGAUCUUGUUAAACCUAUUCCUAUUCACAAAACUUCAGAAACCAAUAACGAGAUUGCAGCGGAUGAUGCGAUUGAGAAUCAUGUUGCAGACCCACUUUCAUCAGAUGUUUUUCCAAAUGCUAUGGAUUCUGACUUUUCAGUGUCCCCUUCUCCAUUCAAUUCAUUGGAUGGACCAACAACUCAUUCAGAGGAUCUAGGCCAUGAACAUUUAGGAACUAAUAACCUUAACAUCGAUGAAUUUAUGAAAAAUGAAGAGUCGGGUGGUAAAGAGCGAAGUUCUCAAGAAAACUUGCCAGCAUCUUCGCCCAACAAAGGGAAAAAAGUGAUACAUUCCAGAAGUGCGAGAGAGGUUAAUAUAGAACUAAAAGCACAAAUUAUGAAGGAGAUUAGAAAGCCGGGAAGAAAAUAUGAAAGAAUCUUCUUUUUACUGAAGCAUGUACAAGGCAGUUUACAAACACGACUGAUAUUUUUACAGAAUGUUAUUAAAGAAGCCUCAAGGUUUAAAAAACGAAUGCUGAUAGAACAGCUUGAGGGUUUUCUGGAAGAAAUCCAUCGCAGAUCUAACCAAGUCAACCAUAUCAACAGCAGCUAAGAGAUGUUUUACACAUAGAAAAGCCACAGUAGGGCACGGCUGUAUUACCUGCAUUCAUUUUUGACAUGCACUCUUGGCUCAAGUCCCCUAUCUGAAAGACUAAAAGCUGCUCUCUAGUAUGAUGGAAAAAGUAUACGUAAUCUUUUUCUUCAUUUCUGUUAUUUUUGUAAUGUGAAAAAUAUCACUAAAAGCAUUUUUAUUUAACAAACUAAAAAUAGAGAAUUUCUUGCUUGUCAUUGACUUAAAUGUCACUUUCCCUCAGGUUCUAUUUUCUUAACCCAACCUUCAAAACUAUCAUCUCUGUUA